AUGAAUUGGACUGAGGGCAACCUCAAUCGCCACUCUCGUGCCCGCAAAGGCAAGGAGAUCCUUCUCCGGCAGAAGGAGCACUUCGCAAAGGCUCGCGCUGGCCGUCUUGAUGCCAAUGUCAACAUCAGCCCACCCCUUCUUUCUUUUCUUGCAACUCAAGCGCAGUCACCUGUCCGUCAUGAUGCCCUGAAGUCGUCGUCCUCAAGAACACACCCGAGUGGCGGUAGGCUUCUAUCCAGUCGCUACUUCUCUGAAGCCAGUGUCAAAUUGCCGACACCGGCUGCUUUCCCAGAGCAGCAAUCGGAAGAGGAGGCUAUGCGUCAGAAAAGGCGCAGGCUCUUGCUGAAAGGUGACUGGGUGGGUACUAAUAUGCAGAAACCCAUUGAGAUGGAGUUCAUGAAGCCACGAGGAUCUCCAAGCAACCCAUGGAGCCUGAAGAAGUCGCGUCGUCAAGCCUCAAAACAAAAGUUGCGCCGGCUUCUUGGAGUGACACAUGAGGGCGGACGCAGCAAAGCCCGUGGGAGCGCGGCGACCGUCUCGCCCACCUCUCUCAGAAGGAUGAAGAUCCGAGUUGGAAGCCAUGAGAGAGCACUAGGAGACAGCUCCAACGCCAGCCCCAAAAGUAAUGGUCGUCAAGGCGAGCUUACGGGCAUUUGUGCCGACUCGGACAACGCGGCCAGCACUUUGGCUCAGGUUGGAGUCGAGCUCCCGCCGGUUCCUCUGUCCCAAGCCGAAGAAAACGAUGUGUGGAGAACUUUUGUUGCGGCCCCUGACGAUAGCUCUGCCUUGGACGAAAAGGAAACUUCUGGUCACCAAGAAGACGCCACUCAGAGACUGAUUUCACCAGGAAUCAGUCAAGUCGGAACUUCGAGACAUCGUGAUGAUACUUCCAAAAGAGCGGCUUCUGUUCGCCUAGGAACACGGUAUACCAACACUGUCGGCGAGGACAAGACUCCGAACAUGCCACCUAGUCUAUUUGUAGGCAUAUUGCCGUCAGAUCCGUCAGAUCAACGGAGCAGCGAGGCUUUGUCAACUGAUGAACAGAUCACUGCGGAUGCGGACGAUGAUAGCACUUCAAGGCUCGAGUCUGACCUUCCAAUUCCUUCAGAAAGUCCCGAACUAAUCGAUAAUGGCGCAAGCGAAGAGCAGCCCAAGAUGGUCAGCAACUCUGAUGAAAUGUCUUUGCUCGUGGUCUCAAGCUCAACAGAGCCUUCGUCUUCACUUGAGAUGGUGGGUGAAGCUACACCUUUCCAAACGGAUCAAUCAGGAGACAUCACAACUAGAAUGGACACAAAAUUCACGCAGCCAGCUAUGCUUCAGUACGAGGGGCAAGACCCAGCGUCCCGAGAUGACUUGUCUGCUGUAGUACAGAAGCAGCUGCCCAACGAGUGCACACAGGAUGAGGAUGACAUGUGGAGGCAAUUCGUGUUCGGAGACUCACUGGAGGACCUCGACCAGGUUCUGAACAACGCGAGAAGAGACACUGUGAGAAGUCUCCGGCCAUCUCUUCCAUCCACGAGCACUUCCUCAUGUGAUGAAUCUCAACAAGAUUUUGCCACGUCUUCACUUGGUCUUGGUUCAACCGACAGACGUGACUUCGCCGACAGGCCCAACCCACUUGACGCCGAAGCGUUGACCACGGUCUCAGCAAGCCACGUAGCCACUGCAGGAGCAUCCUCGCCAGAUGCAAGUUCGGAAACUGUGUCAGGGUCGCUGGAAACAGCCAUACGUACCGACCAAGCGACUGUUGGCUCUUCCAAUUCCUCGUCAGCGGAUGAUAACCACACGAGCGGACUGCUCUUCCCCAAUGACUCGGCUUCUUCCAUUCGCGAGACAGGUGCUGGCUCGUUGACCAUCAAUCCAAGACAACUUGAGAAGCAUGGUGAACCAGACGGUUGCUUCAAAUUCGCGCGUCCAAAGCUGUUUCUGGGGAAGAAGACCGGGCACGUCGAUGAACAGCGACAGAUCGCUUUGUCAGCGCCCCAAAUCAGAGGCACAACUAUGACACAUCGGCAGCGGAGGCGGACGACCGACGGGAGAGCUAACAUCAGGGAAUUGCCCAAUUAUGGUAGUGAUCCGAUCGAGGAGUUCGACGGGGAUAGCCGGUCGGAUAGAGCAGAGAAGGGAUCGCUGUUCGGCUCACUUGAGACGGAAGAUGGCUUUUGA